CUCUCUCUCUCUCUCUCUCUCUCUCUUCCCCAUUCCCCCUCCGGUUCCGUCCCUCUAUGCUCAGCGUCAACGGCGUCGGCGUCGCUGGCGAUGCAGAUCCAGAGCAGCAGCAGCAGCAAGCCUUCCCGCCUCUUCUUCUUCCUCCCGUCCUCGCUUCAAGCAGCGCCACAGCAGCACCCGCGGCCACUGCGCAGACCGACCCAAUGCCACUCCAGUACCAUUUCAACCACAGUGCCGCCUUCGACCCCGACCACGACGGCCACGACCCAGCAGCAGCAGCGUCCACUCCUUCAACUUCCGCUGGGUUUCCCGCCACAGCAGCUGCAGCUGUAGCAGCAGCAGCAGCAGGCUCGGCUGCACCACCCCAGCAUCCAUCGGCAUCGUCGUCGACAUCGUCGUCAUCGCUCGGCUUGUCAAGGCAGUCCUCAGCCACCCAGCACGCGCCGUUGUCCGGCAGUCCCACCGAGCCAACGAGCGGCUUCACUACUCCAGCAUAUCAGUACAACCACACCGAGUUUGCUCCACAUACGCACUCAAGCCUGGGCUUUGGCCAGCACCACCAUUCAUUUAGCAUUGUCGUGCCGCCGUCCAAUUUGGGAGGCGUCUCGCCACUCCCACUGUCGCCGGCGUUGCCAAUAAUCACAAACGGCGCGCCGUACGAUUCGUCCCCUGGAUCGUUUACUGAGCGACGGCGAAGCGUGUCAGUCUCGUCGCAGCACUCACCCAUGCUGUCGUAUCGAUCCCUGUCGCGUUCUCCACCCGUGUCGGGUCCAUCUACUCCGACUCGACGGCUGUCAAUGUCUGCUCAGAACCGAGUGAUUCAACUGCAGCGAGAGGACAGUCUCGGAGAAGCCAUCAACCGCGAGCUGACGCACGAGCGGGACACGACGCAUUCGCUUUCGUUAUCCCAAAGCUGUGAAGAUUUACAUCUUGAGCAUGUGGCUGCGAGUUUGCGAAUCCCACCAGCAUCGCCAACGCUCUCUCCCAGAGCCCCGAUUCAUAGCUCCCGCAGCCAAACACCCAAUCUUAUUGCGAGCCCACAUCGAAUACGUGCGACAUCUCCGAGCCCUCUCAGCUCCAACGGAGGCCCCAUCAAGCCAGCAUCCGUGGUCAAACACGUCGAGCCGUACAUUUCUCCUGCAUCGAUCAACAAGCGACUGUCGAUGAACUUCCGGCAACGAGCAGUGUCAGAAAGCAGUGUGUCAGACUACGAUGCGCAACUAAUGCUUGCCCAACGGCACUUUUCGGCCUUUGUGUCGCCCACGCCAGCUGCCGAGGUCGAUAUGAAUGGUGGCCACGACCCAUCCUCGUCGUCGUCGUCCACCAUGCCGUCCCAAACCCUCCUUUUGCUCAGCGGUGGCGGCGAUGGCUACAGCCACCUCGACCCCAAUGAGCCCGCAGCUGACGACUCUGCCUCGAUGCCCAGCAGGGUGCUGUUGCCAUGAGGGUCCCAAGAACUUGAUGUCUUCCUCUGUUGUCAAUUCUCGCUUCGCUUUGUGUUUCGUUCGUCAAUCGCGUUAUGUCUGUUUUUGUUUUCACGGCAAUAAUGAAACGAUUGAACAUUUGCCCACUGCUACAAUCCAGCUUCCUGC